GUGACUGACUACAUGUUAAAAGUAUUCUGGCACUGGUCCUGUUUUUUUCUCUCCUUAGAAUUGAAGAAAAAAUAUGGAGAAAUGGUACUUGAUGGCAAUUGUGGUCCUAUUAGGACUAACAGUACGGUGGACAGUUUCUCUUAAUUCUUACUCAGGUGCUGGAAAACCCCCUAUGUUUGGUGAUUAUGAAGCUCAGAGACACUGGCAAGAAAUUACUUUUAAUUUACCAGUCAAACAAUGGUAUUUUAACAGUAGUGAUAACAAUUUACAGUAUUGGGGAUUGGAUUAUCCACCUCUUACAGCCUAUCAUAGUCUUUUAUGUGCAUAUGUGGCAAAGUUCAUAAAUCCAGACUGGAUUGCUCUCCAUUCAUCACGUGGAUAUGAGAGUCAGGCACAUAAGCUCUUUAUGCGCACCACAGUGUUAAUUGCUGAUUUGCUGAUUUAUAUACCUGCAGUGGUAUUAUACUGUUGGUGUUUAAAAGAAAUCUCAACCAAGAAAAAGAUUGCUCAUGCAUUAUGCAUAUUGCUGUAUCCAGGCCUUAUUCUUAUCGACUAUGGACAUUUUCAGAACAUAUAUAAUUCUGUGAGUCUUGGCUUUGCUUUGUGGGGUGUUCUUGGAGUAUCUUGUGACUGGGACCUGCUAGGCUCACUGGCAUUUUGCUUAGCUAUAAAUUAUAAACAGAUGGAACUUUACCACUCCUUGCCAUUUUUUUGCUUCUUACUUGGCAAGUGUUUUAAAAAAGGCCUGAAAGGAAAGGGGUUUGUGUUGUUAAUUAAGCUAGCUUGUACAGUUGUGGCUUCCUUCAUUCUCUGCUGGCUGCCAUUCUUUACAGAAAGGGAGCAAACGCAGCAAGUUCUGAGGAGACUCUUCCCAGUUGAUCGUGGAUUAUUUGAGGAUAAAGUAGCCAAUAUUUGGUGCAGCUUCAGUAUCUUUCUGAAGAUCAAGGAUAUUUUGCCACAUCACAUCCAGAUAAUAAUCAGCUUUUGUUUUACAUUUUUGAGCCUGCUUCCUGCUUGUAUAAAAUUAACACUUCAGCCCUCUCCCAAAGGAUUCAGAUUUACUCUGGUUAGCUGUGCACUGUCAUUCUUUUUAUUUUCUUUCCAAGUACAUGAAAAGUCCAUUCUCUUGGUAUCAUUACCAGUCUGCUUAGUUUUAAGUGAAAUUCCUUUUAUGUCUACUUGGUUUUUACUUGUGUCAACAUUUAGUAUGCUACCUCUUCUACUGAAGGAUGAACUCCUAAUGCCCUCAGUUGUGACAACAAUGGCAUUUUUUAUAGCUUGUGCAAUUUCUUUUUCAAUAUUUGAAAAGACUUCUGAAGAAGAACUGCAAUUGAAGUCCUUUUCCAUUUCUGUUAGGAAAUAUCUUCCAUGUUUUAAAUUUUUUCCCAGAAUUAUACAAUAUUUGUUUCUUAUCUCAGUCAUCACUAUGGUACUUCUGACACUGAUAACUAUCACACUGGAACCUCCUCAGAAACUACCGGACUUAUUUUCUGUAUUGAUUUGUUUUGUAUCCUGCUUGAACUUCCUGUUCUUCUUGGUAUACUUUAACAUUAUAAUCAUGUGGGAUUCCAAAAAUCGAAGAAAUCAGAAGAAAAUCAACUAAUUCUGUCUCCACAAACAAAUGUGAAAGUAUUAACAUGCUUAAAGGUUUUUUUUUUUAACUUUUUUGCUAUGUAUAAAUGAAAUGAUCAUUUUGAGAAUCACAUAGGGAAAAAAUGGUGAAAAGUCAUUGUUGUCCAUAUACAAAAUAAAUGUAUAUGGGGACCCAAGCCCAGUGGAGGCUUUUAUUUUCUAACUAUAGAGUGGCCAAGACAUAUUGUAGUUUUAUUAAUAUUCAGUUAUCCAAGUGGGAAAAUAAGAGAAA